AUGAAAGACACAAUGGGCUCUCAGCAUCGAGCAGACUCCCAGGCAGACCUUGCCCACCGCCGAAAAAGUCUGCCCGCUCGGUCUGCCAAUGCCUCUGCCCACAAGCACAUCCCACCAGCCUCUCCUGAAGUGAUCUCGUCCCUGAUCUCGUCCCUCUCCGCCAUUUCAACGCCAGCCCAGUCUCACUUCGAUAAUUUUCCCGAAAUCGGCCCUCGCACCGCUCCCUCGUCCCCUGGUUUCCGGCAGACGGAGUUUCCCCGCGAUGGCUGGGAUGCAAAUGUGCCUACCACCCCAGGUUUUGGAAUGGAUUAUGGCGCCUACAACAAGCCUGUAGUCGACGAGGAGGAAAAUUCGUUUUUACACCCAGACGAUGCGGCGAUCUCCCCCGUCGUACGAAUGGCAAAGGCUCCCGCAUCCCCCCGUUCACCGCGGUCUCCUUGCUCCCCUCGCAGUCCUCCUGGCGAUACCUCACCGAUGCGAUCAGGCUCUAGAGCCUCGAUGGCUUCCUCAAUUACCGGCCCAGAGGAUGGGUUAGGUUUUGGCGUGCCCAGUUUGGAACCAGGCCCUCGAAUGUCUACCGCAAGUAUCGCCUCUUCCAGCAGUGGCGGUCGAAGAAGUUUGAAGCAUCAGCUUAAUAUCCUGAAGAGGGCCUCGAGGGAGUUUCCCAAGGAUAAGGACAGUGAUCGAUUUCAUAAGGGAGGAGAUGGGAGAUUGAACAGCUCGCGUAGCCGGCUAAGCUUGCGUUCUACCCCUUCAAUGGCUGAUUUGGCGGAAGAAGUGAGUCUGAACAACGGUGUUUUCCAGUUGCUCGAGAAACAAUUAAAUGAGGACAAUCGUCGCGAGUCUGCUCCAACCCUUGGUACACAGAGGUCAAUUCCUGACACAGGCAAUGGUAGUCCUGGUGGAAUUGGAAGCGGCAGAGUCAUUCCCACUCGCGAAUCCUCUUUGCGCCACAGCUACCAUGGGAAUUCAAAUAAAAAACGUCGCUCAGGUCGCCAUAGCGUGUAUUCGAAUCGGGAUUUUACUAUUGAUCGUGAUAUCGCGGAGGUAAAUGCGGAAGACGAUCAAGUUUCGAAACGGAUACAAGAGCUCAAGGAGCAGCAGAAGAAGAUUAAGGACGAAUUGCAGACGGACGGAACGCCAGAAGGCAAUCCGCAGUCCCGGACACCCAGGCCGAGCCCCAAACAGCCAGCAACUCAGCAGACGACGGUAACAAAAGAAACAGUUUUGGUCCGACAAUCUGUUCAUACAGUGUCCGACCAGCCACUAAAAGAAGUUGAUGAGACGCAACAUGAAAGUGCACCCUCACCCGCUAUUCUCACACGGAAAUCACACGUAACCCAAAAACGCAACAGCGGACCUCUCUCCUUGAAAACUACGAAUAUCCAGCCUGCAUCAGGGAAGCAAUCAUUCGAAAAGCCCGAUCGCAAUGAAUCAGGCGUGCUACGGCGAAAGUCGACGCAGAACAGUAAUUCAGAAUCAAACCACCGACGGACAUUGUCAGGCGCAGUAUCGCCCGGCCCUCGUUUGUCUCUAGGGCAGGAAGACCGGCCGUCCAGUUCGGAUUCCAUUGACGAUGCUGUUCACGACUAUCUAUCAUCUCGGAGACUGACUCAGAAGGUCAGACAUCCACAUACGGGACGAGUAAUUGCGUUCUCAGAAGUUGGUGACCCGAAAGGCCAUGUGGUAUUCUGCUGCGUGGGCAUGGGUUUAACGAGAUAUUUAACUGCCUUUUACGACGAGCUGGCUCGGACGCUGAAAUUAAGGUUAAUCACGCCAGAUCGACCUGGUGUUGGGGAGAGUGAGCCCUGUGUUGAUGGAUCGGGGACGCCACUUAGCUGGCCAGAUGACGUCGCCAUUAUUUGCAAUUUCCUUAAAAUCACAAAAUUCUCUAUGAUGGCCCAUUCCGCUGGGGCGAUAUAUGCUCUUGCGACCGCGUUGCGAAUGCCGCAACAUAUCCGAGGACGGCUACAUCUACUUGCUCCAUGGAUACCUCCAUCUCAGAUGACCAGCAUGGGUUCUCACAAAGAACCCCUUCCAGCCAGCGCCGUUCCAUACUCCCAGAGAAUCCUUCGUGCCUUACCCACCCCCUUCCUCAAAGUCGCCAAUUCCAGUUUCAUGACAACAACCAGCGCGAGCAUCACCAGCAGCCUGCCCAAAAACUCAAGGCGGACCAAACGCCGCAGCACAACCAUAGCCGGCACCAGCGAUGCCGGCUUCAAUAAUUUCAUUUCACAACAACGCCGGAGUUCCGUAUCCAUGCCUCGCGGCCCAACCAAACGUGAUUCCCAAGAAGUUGUCUCCCGCGUGACCGCGAACCCAUCAGAUCCUAAGGCAGAGUCCGCCAUCAUCGCCGCAGCGGCCGCCAUCGACAAGGAGCGCCAGUCAGAUUACGACAACCGCCUCACCCACGCCAUCUGGGAACUAGCCACCACCAACGCGAACCCAGCCGUCGAUCUGCUCGUCUGCCUCGAACGGCGCCAGACAAUAGGAUUCCGCUACGUCGACAUCAACCGCGCCGUAGUUAUUCACCACGGUACAAGGGACACGCGGGUCCCCGUUGACAACGUGCGGUGGCUGGGCAAGACGAUGCGGCGGUGUGAGGUGCGGGUGCUCGAAGGAGAGGGCCAUGGGCUUAUGGCUUCCGCGCUUGUUAUGGGGAAUGUGAUGAUGGAGGUUGCGAAGGAGUGGGAGGAUUGGACGACUGUUGUCCAGGGGAGGAGGGAGGGGGGUCGACGGGGAACAGUGACUAACAGACACUGA